AUGCGAAAAGCGAAACGCGUUUCCUCGAAGAAGAACAGAGAGGAAGAAGAAGAGUUGAACGAGAAAAAGAAAAGAAGGGAUAAGAGCAUUUUGGCGGGAAAGACGGACGCGAAGAUGCGGCUUUUACAUGCAGACGAUCGUGAAGACGAGACGAUGAGCGAUUCGGACGAGUUUUACGAACAAAACCAAGGCGCUGCUGCUGCUGCCAAGAAGAGUAACGUCAACGCGAAGAAGAAGGAAAAAUCGGAGGAAGAGAUGCACGAGGAACUGAAGAGGACGAUGUUCGUCGGGAACGUGCCGACGAAAACAAAAGCGAAAGAGUUGGUUUCGUUUUUUAAGGAGAUGUUGUUAUCGUCGUCGUCGUCGUCGAGUAAAAGCGAGAAGAAGACGAAGAAGACGAAAGCGGAGGUGGUUUCGGCGCGGAUUCGCUCGGUGCCGCUGAAGAAGAGCGCGGACGAGAAGGACGCGAAGGUACCGGUGAGAGCGAAGAUUUUGGGGUCGUUGGGAAAGAGGAAGAAGGAUACGGAGAAUAGUGGGAGCAUCAACGAGGCGUCGAAGAGCGGGUGCACGGCGUACGUCGUGUGGAAACGAGAGAAGGAUUGCGAACGCGCGGUGAAGAAGGGCAACAUGCAAAAGUUUAACGGGCACACGCUGAGAGUAGAUUUUGCGGCGAAAUCGAGCCAGACGACGAAAGGAGGAAAAGGAGAUGAUGGCAGCGGCGUGACGUACGACCGAACGAAAUCCGUUUUUAUCGGCAACUUACCCUUUGACGUUUCCGACGAGGAAGUCAUCGAAAUUUUCACCAAGAAUAAAGAGUAUAAAGAGUUAAAGACGGAGUUGGAGGCGGUCCGAGUCGUCCGGGACAAGGCGACGAGAACGGGUAAAGGCAUCGCGUUCGUUUUGUUUAAAUCCGUCAAAGCUGCGAGAACGGCGUUAUUACUGGACGGUUUUGAGAUGGGCAAACGGGAACUUCGCGUCACGAAAGUUGGCGUCGUCGCUCCGAAAAGAGGCAACGAGGUUACCAAAUCUCGAGAACGCGGCGGGAAAGCGAGCAAUAACUUUAGCAAGAAAGACACCAAGAACGGUAGCCACGAAAACAACAACAACAACGCAAACAACAACAAGCGCAAAAUAAACUCUUGGGAAGGCGGUCGUUCGGCAAAAGGGAACAAAGCGGCUAAAUUCGAGAAGAAAAAAUCGCCAACCGCGAGCGCUCUCGGCGACGGAAAAGGAAAAAGCGCGGCUUUCGUCGGGGCAAAGAAAAAACGCGCAUCCUCGUCCGCGGGUGGUAAGAAACGUCCCGCCGUCGCUUUACGGAAAGCAAAGAUGAAAGCUGGUUUGUAA